AUGACUAGUUGCAAAGUUCAUGAUCUUAAUACCAAGGGCCCCAAAUUCACAUGGAGAGGACCUCUCUACCAUGGAGGGCAACAUAUUUAUGAGAAAUUAGACAGAGCUUUGAUUAAUGAUAAGUGGAAUAUUUUGUUCCCAGAAGCUUUUGUUAAGGUGUUGGUGCGAGUGGAAUUUUCUGAUCAUCACCCUAUUCUCAUUAAUUUUUGCGAGGAUAAGGUGUUGCAUAAGAAUAGACCAUUUCGAUUUGAGAACGCAUGGAUGUUAAAUGAUACUUAUGAUACUAUGCUUAAAGAGUCUUGGAGAGGAGAGAACUCUUUUCUUAAAAACUUGCAGAAUGUGGUGGAUGGUAUUGAGACGUGGAAAUUCGAGACUUUUGAUAAAAUUAAGAGACUCAAACGUGAGGUGACGCGCAUACUUGAAGGGAUUCGGAGUAAGCUUCAGGUUCAUGAUAAUAGGGUGGUUUGCGAAGGUUGGAAGCAAAAUUGCAGGAGGAUUUAA